UUCAACCCAAAAGAAAUCCAAUACCCAUUUCACUUUCUCUUUACCUAAUUGCGUAUCUCUCUUCCUCUCUCUCUCUCUCUCUCUCUCUCUCCCCUCACCCCUCCAUUUGUUGUUCUGAGAUCUAAUCUGAAAUCCCAAAGAAGAGCAUGAGUGAAGGUUGGAAGAGCAUGAGUCCAGCCAACUUGGGAGGUCAGUUUGGAGACACCACUUACACCAAGGUCUUCGUGGGCGGCUUGGCUUGGGAGACCCACAAGGACACCAUGAACAAAUACUUCCAACAGUUUGGGGAUAUCUUGGAAGCCGUUGUUAUUACCGACAAGGCCACCGGUCGAUCCAAAGGCUAUGGAUUUGUCACUUUCCGGGACCCCGAAGCCGCCAUGAGGGCUUGCGUGGAUGCUGCUCCGGUCAUCGACGGGCGGAGGGCCAAUUGCAACCUCGCUUCUCUUGGGGUUCAAAGAUCCAAACCCUCAACACCCAACCACGAGAAAAAGAAAUGGGAAUUGGCAGGCGGAGGAGGAGGCGGCGGCGGCGGUGGUGGAGGAAGAAACUUUAGGGUAUUGAGCUGUUUCCAGAGUGGAUUUGGAGGGAAUGUUGGAUCAGCUUUUCAUUCAACACCAACUUUCCCUCGUUAUGCUGUCCACCAAGGGAUCCCUUACAAUCUCUAUGGGUACUCUUCCUAUUCACCCGACUACAAUUACCCUACGAGCUAUUACAAUGUGUACGGCGGCGCAACUGCUCAGUACCCUAUGUAUAGUACUGGUCCCGGCGGCUUAAUGAGUGGUGCGGCGGCGUUCUACCCGUAUUUCCAGUUUGGGGAAGGAAGUGGCGGCGGCGGAGCCAAUGGGUUCAGUGCUGGUUCUGGUCAACAGGGUUAUGGGGGUCAGUACCCUCACCAUCUGUUUCAGUACUCGGCUGGGAUUAAUUCAACUGCAACCACGCUCCCACAGCACUAUGGUGGUCCUCCUAUGUCUCUCCCGCUCACGCCACCCACCCUGCCGUCAGUGUUUUUUGCUGUGCCACAGGCGUGACAAUGGCUCUAACUACACCAAUCCCACAUCGCUAGAGAGACAUAAAACCCUCAUCUCUCAACACUCUUUCCUACGCCUAUGCCUACGCCCUAACCAUGGUUCCAUCUCUUAAUCUCUCUCUUUAUUUCACUCACUCUAACACCAACCAACCAACACACAUGCCCCUCAUCGGGGCUGAACCGAAUCGAACCGAACCAAACCAACCCCCCAAAACUCACCUCCAAAGUUGGAGCAAAAUCAUGCAUUUUCAUUUGUUCAUUUCAUUUUGCGAUGAUGGGGUCAUUUAAAAAAAAAAAAAAAAACCCAACUUUGGCCAACAAGGGAUUUGGCCUUGAGUUGGCGAAAAUGUGGCAAUAGCAUGGUUUUAGUGCAAGCUAUGAAGGGGUGAUCCCCCCUUUUUGUUGUAAGUUGAUGAGCCCUAGGAGUGGGUCUUAAGGACAUUACAACAAUCACCUUUUUCAAAAACAAACACUUGCUGGGUUUGCAUCAAAAUUGUAAAUUUCAUUCCAAAACAGCACACCCAUUUCUUCCAUCACUUAGAACAACAAAAAAGCUAAUAUUUUUCCCAACUUUUGAUCUUCAUUAUCAUCAUCUGUAAUUAAAAUUGAAGUAGGAGUAAAGUAAUAUGAGAAGAAAUUCAGAUUUUAAAGAAUUGUCUGUCUUUUUCUUCUUCUUCUCUUUUUAUGGAUUAAUUUAGUAUUAUUAGUGGCUACAUAUUCCUCUUGGGGUAAGGGGAUUAAUUAACUCUUAAGCUACCAUAUUAGUUUGUUGUAAUUAAAAUUAGAAACAAUGGUUGUUGAACUUAUGGGAGUUACAACCUGGUUUAAUUUUUGUAAACCAACGCACAAAUAUUGCUGUUGGUGUAACAUUAUUUUGUUGUUUUAAUUAGAAAUUUAGGAUUAGGGUUUAAAGCAUCAUCCAUGAUUUUGAGAUGACCCAUUAAUGGAUAUGGAGCUCUCAAAAUAAGCAUUUUGCAUGUGAGCCAUUGGGAGAUAUUUGGGUUCCCUUUGGCUUCAUCUUCCUCUUCUUCUUCUUCUUCUUCUUCUUCUUCUUCUUCUUCUUCUUCUAACCCAAGCAACCAACCAUGGUUAGGACAUAGGCCAACUUCAUGUCUUUCUUCAUUUCUUGCUCUCCAAUUCUGCUGUGUUUUAUGUGUCUGCGUGUUCGAGGGCUUCGGGUGGACCUUGGAUACACUGUGUUUUAAUUAAUUAUGUCCGUAAAAGAAGAGCUUUUUUUUUUUUUUUUUUUUUUUUUUCCUUUUCAUGUCUUUUUUUAUGGUUUGUAAUGUAAUUAGAUGUUGGGUACCUUUCUUUCAUGUCAGCACUUCUACUAAGAUUCAGUUCUUCAUCAGCUUGCUCCUUUGCAGCUGCUUGAUGAAUAACCUACGUACCUCAAUAUUAAUUGCUUCUUUCUUUCUC